GCCGCAGUCCCUGGCCCCCGCCAUCACUGGGCUCUGCGAGCACUCGGUGCCGGGGCGGGAGGCGGGUCCCAGGCUGCCAUGGCGCUGCGUGUGGCCGUGUUCGACCUCGACGGGGUGCUGGCGCUGCCCGGGGUCUACGGCGCCCUCGGCCGCAGCGAGGAGGCCCUGGCGCUGCCCAGAGGCUUUCUGAAUGAAGCUUUCCAUAAAGGAGGCCCGGACGGCUCCUCUGCCCGCCUCAUGAGAGGAGAGAUCACGUUUUCCCAGUGGGCGCCGCUCAUGGAAGAAAACUGCAAGAAACACUGUGAGGCCUCCGGAAUCCGCCUCCCCGAGGAUUUCUCUAUAAGUCAAAUCAUUGGCCAGGGGAUUUCAGCAAGGAAGAUCAACCGGCCCAUGCUCCAGGAGGCUGUCGCUCUCAGAAAGAAGGGAUUCACCACCUGCAUCCUCACCAACAACUGGCUGGACGACCGAGCCGAGCGAGGCGGCCUGGCCCGAAUGAUGUGUGAGCUGAGGCCGCACUUCGACUUCCUGAUAGAGUCCUGUCAGGUCGGCGUGGCCAAGCCUGACCCCCAGAUCUACAAGCUUGCCCUGGACACCCUGAAGGCCAGCCCCAGUGAGGUUGUUUUCUUAGACGACAUGGGGGCUAACCUGAAGCCGGCCCGGGACUUGGGAAUGGUCACCAUCCUCGUCCGCGACACUGACUCGGCCCUGCGAGAACUGGAGAAAGUAACUGGGACGCAGCUUCUCAGCACUGUGGCCCCUCCGCCUGCCCCCUGCAACCCAAGUGACGUGAGCCACGGGUACGUCGAGGUGAAGCCCGGGGUCCGUCUGCAUUUUGUGGAGCUGGGCUCCGGCCCUGCCGUGUGCCUCUGCCAUGGAUUUCCUGAGAGCUGGUUCUCUUGGAGGUACCAGAUCCCUGCUCUGGCCCAGGCGGGUUACCGGGUUCUAGCCGUGGACAUGAAAGGCUACGGAGAGUCGUCCGCUCCUCCCGACAUAGAAGAAUAUUGCAUGGAAGUGGUGUCAGGUAAGAAGAAUCUUGGCAACAUUGAGAAAAAAAAAAAAAAAAAAAAAGAUAGAAGGGAGGAAAGGGUGACACAAGACUGGAUUUGUGGGACGGUAGAGAGGGAGGAGGAAUCCCCGGUCGGCUCAGAACGAAAGGGCCGAGCACUGGUCGAGGGUCUGGCUGGUGGGGGCGGGUGUGGAGGGUGGAUGUUGGACAUUCGAGCACAGCUGCGGUGGGUCGGGGAGGAGGCCCUCGCUUCGAGGGAAUGGGGCAUUCGAGCGCAGCUGCGGUGGGUCGGGAAGGAGGCCCUCUCUUUGAGGGAAUGGCGGAGGGCUUUGGGCUCUCGGCCUCUCACUCCCGAAACCCACCCACGUUCGGUCCCCUUCGUUCUCCUUCUCGUCCAGGGCCUCUCUCAAGCCGUGUUCAUCGGCCACGACUGGGGAGGCAUGCUGGUGUGGAGCAUGGCUCUCUUCUUCCCCGAGAGAGUGAGGGCAGUGGCCAGUCUGAAUACUCCCUUCAUGCCGGCAAAUCCCAGCGUGCACCCCUUGGAGAGUAUCAAAGCCAACCCCAUGUUCGACUACCAGCUCUACUUCCAAGAACCGGGAGUGGCUGAAGCUGAACUGGAACAGAACCUGAGUCGGACUUUCAAAAGCUUCUUCAGAGCAAGUGACGAGACUGUAUUAUCCGUGCACAGAGUCCGUGAAAUGGGAGGACUCUUUGUGAAGACCCCGAAAGAGCCCAGCCUCAGCAGGAUCGUCAGCGAGGAGGAAAUCCAGUUCUACGUGCAGCAGUUCCAGAAGUCUGGUUUCAGGGGCCCCCUAAACUGGUACCGAAACAUGGAAAGGAACUGGCGGUGGGCCUGCCGAGGCUUGGGACGCAAGAUCCUGAUCCCGGCGCUGAUGGUGACGGCGGAGAAGGACUUCGUGCUCCAUCCUCAGAUGUCCAAGCACAUGGAGGACUGGAUCCCCCACCUGAAAAGGGGGCACAUCAAGGACUGUGGGCACUGGACGCAGAUGGAGAAGCCCGCCGAGUUGAAUCAGAUCCUCAUUGAGUGGCUGGAGACCCACGCCCGGAACCCGCCGGUGGUCGCGAAGAUGUAGCGCCUGGCGUGUGCCCGCACCCAGCGGGCGCUGCCGCCCAUCCCUCCCUCCGCUGGGGCGCCGUUCUUCCCGUCCGUCCAGAGGUGGCCGUGCGCGCGUCUCUGGUGACCAGCAGCAUUGCUCUGAAAAGAUUUGCAAAAAAAGUGUGAUUUUCUUUAAAUGAAAUGAAUCAAAUUUGAUGUCAUUUGAGAUCCAGGAGAAAUCGGGCGUUAUUAACCCUCUGGGUAUAAAUGCAUUGUCCCUUUGUCUCUAAGGACCAGUAGUGUCCUGUGCGGGGGACACAGUGGGGCGGACAUUUGGGGUGCUGAUUUCCUUUGACUGACCAAUUCAUAGAUUUGCAGCAAAAGCAGCCGUCUGUUGUGAGGCAUCUCGGUAGCGUUGAGGGUGCUUCAUUCAAUAAAGCCAAGACGACAGUGA